AUGAUGCAGCAAGUUCCAGCGGAGCCUGUACCGAUCCUGCCUUCAGGACAGCCUACUUUCAUGCAUCAGAUUCCGGUGCAUCAGCAUCAUUUCCAGCCGCGUCAGGGGAAUCCUCCAAUCCAUCAACAGCCGCCACCGUUUGUACAGCAGUCAGCGGUAAGUCAGAUUCACAUUGCUAGCUUGAUGGAGCAAUUGGAUCUCUGCAAGCGACAAAUCGAAGAAUUACGUCUUGCAAGAUCGGAACGUGAGGAACCAGGUAAGAGUCAAGCCUUUCACGAUGGUAACAAUAAAUACUAUAUCUUUCCGAGUUUGCCUUCCUUACCGACCCAAUACCCUCAGCAGCAGCUGAAUGAACAAAUGCAUUCAUUCAAUAAUAGCGAGGAGCAGCUGCGUCGUCUUCACGCGCGCUCUCGUAACGAUAAUUGUAACCCUAAUAAUCAAUAUCCAAAUUCAAAUCGACAAGACCACUUCCCCUCGGCACCCGACCAGUUUCGUCCAACUUGUUAUCCAAGUCAACAGCAACUAGCGGCACGGCAGUCCCUGGCACGUCAUCUACCAACUUUCUCCGGCAACCCUGCUGAUUGGCCCAUAUUCAUUUCCAACUAUGAAUAUACUACUCGAGCAUGCGGCUACAACGAUGGAGAGAACAUGGUUCGACUUCAACGAAGCUUGAAGGGGCAAGCAUUGGAAAGUGUUCGGAAUCGUCUCGUAUUACCAUCCGCGGUGCCGAAUGUCAUCGAAGCUCUCCGAUUGCGGUAUGGUCGUCCGGAACUUCUCAUCAACGCUAUUCUGCAUAAAGUUCGUUCGAUUCCCUCUCCUCGAUCUGACAGGUUGCAAGGUUUGAUUGAGUACGGAUUGGCGGUGCAGGAACUGUGUGACCACAUCGAAGCUGCGGAUCAGCGCGAUCAUCUGGCGAAUCCAACGUUGCUCCAAGAGCUUGUCAACAAAUUACCAUCGGAUCAGAAGAUGAUGUGGGCAGCCUACAAACGAGGACUUAGUGUCGUAAAUUUAAAGACGUUUGCGGAAUACAUGACAGGUGUGGUGCAAGAUGCAACGAGUGUGGUGAACUACGAGCCAGAGCACAAGAAAAGCGGUAGUAGAUCCAGAGAAUAUGUGAACUCCCACGCGACAGAUGUCGCACUACCAUCCACGUUGACAAAAACAACGAAGCCUGGUGACUGUAUCAACUGUAACAAAUCUGGACAUAAGAUGCGAGAGUGUGAUGCUUUCAAAUCGCUCAGUGUAAACGAACAAUGGAAGCGGAUUCGAUCAUUGGGUGUUUGCCAUAUCUGUCUCUUUGCGCAUGGAAAGCGAUCUUGCCGUAGCGACAGCCGUUGCAACGUGAGUGGUUGCCAGUACCGUCACCACUCGCUACUACAUGGAAGGACGCCAGUGCAGUUGAUUCCUCGGAUCGCUGAGAACCAUACGCAUCGCUUUGUCGAUUCCGGUGUCCUCUUCAGAAUCGUUCCCGUCACGCUCUACGGUACCACAGGAUGGAUAAACACAUUCGCGUUUCUGGACGAAGGCUCGUCGCUGACGCUCAUCGAAGGUGAAUUAGUGACUCAAUUAGGGAUAAGUGGAAGUUCGCAACCGCUCUGCCUACGAUGGACUGGGAACACAUCUCGCAUGGAGAAGAACUCUCAAGUGGUUACAGUUGUAAUAUCAGGAGUAGGUCAGAUGCGUCAGUUCAAGCUAGCCAGCGCAAGAACGGUCGAAAAUCUCAAUUUACCAAGUCAGAGUUUCAACUAUGGCAAAGCUGCUGAACGAUACCCAUAUCUGAGGCAAAUUCCAAUACAGAGCUAUCAAGGAGCAGUUCCGAAAAUUCUCAUCGGUCUCGAUAAUUUGCGUUUGUCAUUGCCUCUGAAAAUACGUGAGGGAGAUGGGCCAUCUGCAGUAAAAACACGAUUGGGAUGGUGCGUGUACGGACAACAAAUAGAGCAACUAAAGGAAGGUUACAGCUUCCACGUCUGUAAGUGUGACAGCAGCAGUGAAAUACAGGAAACUUUGAAGCAGUUUUUUGCUGUAGAAGAGACAGGAACUACGAUUCACGUCGCUCUCAGCAAGGAAGAGGAACGAGCACAACACUUGCUAGAGCAGACAACGAAACGGGUGAAUGACCAUUUUGAAACAGGCCUACUGUGGAAAAAAGACGACAUACAUCUUCCAGAUAGCUAUCCCAUGGCUGUGCGUAGGCUGCAAUGCCUCGAGCGUAAACUUGACAAGGAUCCUGCAUUACACGAGAAUUUCCAUCGACAAAUUCAAGAAUACCAAGAUAAAGGUUAUGCUCACCGUGUGACGCCGGAAGAACUCCAGAAAGCGAAUCCAGCGAGGACAUGGUUUCUACCCUUGGGUGUUGUGACCAAUCCCAACAAGCCCGGGAAAGUGAGGGUUGUUUGGGAUGCUUCAGCAAAAGUUGGAGGCGUCUCGUUGAACAGUAUGCUGCUAAAAGGUCCGGACCAGCUCACAGCAUUGCCUGCAGUUCUCUAUCGAUUUCGGCAGUUCUGGGUGGCAGUCAAUGCGGAUUUACAGGAGAUGUUCCAUCAAAUCUUCAUACGAGCGGCAGACAAGUAUGCACUCUGCUUUUUGUACCGGAAAUAUAAAACACAGCCAUUGGAGGUGUUCGUCAUGGAUGUGGCGACUUUCGGAGCAACUUGUUCUCCUGCGUCGGCACAGUUCGUCAAAAACCUGAACGCAAAAGAACAUGCAGAACAGUUCCCUCGGGCCGUGGAUGGUAUUCUUCGAAGUCACUACGUCGAUGACUACCUGGAUAGCUUCGGUAGUGUCGAGGAAGCGAAGCAGGUAGCGGAAGAUGUGCGACGUGUGCACCGUGAUGGAGGUUUCAAUCUACGCAGCUGGAACUCAAACUGUAAUGAAAUUCCGCGACAUCUGGGAGAAACUAAAGCUGUUGACAGCAAGAACUUAUACAUUGGAGUUGGAGAAGCAACGGAACGAGUCCUAGGAAUGCUUUGGAAGCCAACUAUGGAUGAGCUCUGCUUCUCUACAAGAAUGAGCGAUGAGGUACGAGCUCUAAUCGAAAGAGGUAACGUGCCAACCAAACGACAGAUACUUCGCUGCGUGAUGACGCUGUUUGAUCCGCUCGGACUGCUUGCGCCGUUUCUCAUACACGGCAAAGUCCUGAUUCAGGAUUUGUGGCGCGCCGGAACCGAUUGGGAUGAAGCUAUUGGAGACGUCUCCUACGACCGUUGGAGAAAAUGGGUGGAAAUGAUUGAGUUCGUGUCUACCAUAAGAAUCCCGAGAUGCUACUUUCCUCGAGCAAACGAACAAACCUACAAACGGGGCCAACUGCACGUCUUCGUAGAUGCGAGUCCUACGGCGUACUCCUGUGCCGUUUACCUUCGUGUCAAGGAUGAAAAUGGAGUUAUACGCUGCUCCCUGGAAAACCACACGAUAAGUGUUGGAAGGCGGAUUCUGUGGACCGAUUCCACUACAGCCUGGCACUGGAUACGAUCGGAUCCUCGUAAUUUCAAGCCAUUCGUAGCUCACCGUGUAGGAGAAAUACUGGAGAACACGAAUGCUACGGAAUGGAGGUGGAUACGGUCAUGCUUCAACUCUGCUGAUGAAGCAACCAAAUGGGGAUGUGGUCCAUACUUUUCAGAAGAGAGCCAAUGGUUCGACGGGCCGAAAUUCUUACUGAAAUCCGAGUGUGAUUGGCCAUGCUCUACACCACCUUCUGUAAACAUCCCAGAAGAAAUUCGACCAUCUGUGCUGCAUCACGCUACAGUCGAGCGUAUUAUAGAAUUUGAGAGGUUUUCGUCUUGGGAUCGAUUGAAUCGUGCCGUUGCCUACAUUUUACGCUUUUCGCAUAACGCCGUUAAGAAACAUCCGAGAAGAAGUGGUCAACUGAUGCAGAACGAACUUCGUGCAGCAGAAACUAUCAUCUUAAAACUCGUUCAAUGGGAGUCGUAUGCGGAUGAGAGAAGUAUUCUUGAACGAAAUGAAGACAAGCCGAUUAACGAAAGGAAGCCGUUGGACAAAAGCAGUGGGAUUUACGAAUUAGUUCCAAUUAUCGACGAGAAUGGAUUGUUACGCCAGUAUGGGAGAAUUGGGGCCGCGAGAAACAUCAGUUAUGACAUGCGCCAUCCAGUGAUUUUGCCCAAAGAUCACUGGGUAACUAGACUGAUAGUUGAGAAGUACCACCGUAAAUAUCGACAUGCUAACCCGGAAACUGUCGUGAAUGAGAUACGUCAAGUCUAUAGUAUAUCCAAACUUCGUUCUCUUGUCAAGAAUCUAUCACAAGCUUGUAUGAUGUGUAAGCUACGCAAGGCUCGUCCGAAUAUUCCGCCUAUGGCUCCAUUACCACCAGCGCGUCUAGCCGUGCGCGUUCGCCCGUUCAGUUACGUGGGAGUGGACUACUUUGGGCCUCUGCUAGUGAAAGUCGGAAGAGCCAGCGUCAAAAGGUGGAUCGCGUUGUUUACGUGCCUUACAGUACGUGCGGUACACUUGGAGGUAGCGUACAGUCUGUCAACAUAUUCAUGUGUUUCGUGUGUGCGGCGCUUCGUAGGGCGACGUGGUUCGCCAGUGGAGUUCAUCAGCGAUAAUGGGACCAACCUCCAAGGAGCUGAACGCUUGCUGGGGGAACAAAUAAAGCAGGAACUGUCGGCAACGUUUACAAAUUCAUCGACAAGGUGGACCUUUAUACCGCCCGGUGCCCCACACAUGGGAGGCGCAUGGGAACGGCUUGUGCAGUCCGUCAAGAGAGCCAUGAUGGAUGCGUACGCUGAGGGGAAGUUGGAUGAUGAGGGUUUACAAACGUUGGUCGUGGAAGCGGAAAGCAUUGUGAACUCAAGGCCUCUGACCUACCUGCCUCUGGAUUCUGCUGAGUCAGAGGCGUUGACACCGAACCAUUUUUUGAUGGGAAGUUCGAGUGGCGCCAAUCUACCGGAUACAGCACCGGGUCCACAACAACUGCCUUUGCAAGAUAUGUGGAAUCAAAUACAGCAAAAAUUGGAUCGGUUCUGGUAUCGCUGGAUCGUGGAGUACCUGCCAGUGAUACGAAGACAACCAAAGUGGUUUACCGAGGUCCGACCAAUACAAGUAGGGGACUUGGUGCUGGUAGUCAACGGUAAUGAGCGUAAUUGCUGGAUACGAGGACGGGUAGUUGAAACGUUUGUCGGGACCGAUGGCCGAGUUCGGCAAGCCAAGGUACAAACUACAGGAAGCAUUCUUAGACGACCAGUGGCAAAGCUAGCGUUGUUGGAGGUGAAGUGCAGUCUUGGUGGAUCGCAAGAUGCACCGGGGAGGAUGUUGCCGCAGUAG